AUGUCGGGCGCACCCCCCGAGCUCGGCCUCGGGUACGACGGCGAGGCGGCGGCGAAGAGGGGCUCCGCGGCGAGAGCCGGCUCGUCGCUGUCGAUAUGGCGUGUCAUGCACGACCCGCCCGGCUUCUUCAUCGCCUCGGCCAUCGCCGCGGCGGGCGCUUCCGUUGUGUCGGCGGCCUUCCAGACAAGCGGGGCCGUGUCCCAGAGAUGGGCCGGGCUGCUGUUCAUCGUGCUGUCCGCGGGCAUGUUCGUUGUGGUCAGCGCCUGGGCGGAUGGUGCGGCCAAGAAGUCCGCAGCCGUGAAGUCCACCGACAUGGGCAGGCCUGGCCAGCUCUUCGGCGGCAGCGUGAAGAGGUUCUCGGCGAAGAACGGCUGGGGAUUGAUCACCAAUGUGCAGCCAAUAGGCGAGGACGGCUUGACCACCGAACCAGAGGAGCAGGCCCGGAAGGACGUCCGGUUCUACCGGGCAGACCAGGAGGCCCUCGGGCUGGAGGUCGGGGCCUUGGUGGAGUUCGAGGUGACGCCCGACCCAGGUGACGAGGGUCUCGGCCCAUUGUCCAUUUUGAAGGGCCUCGCCUGGGAUGCGAAAGGGUUGCCUCGAGCGUCGCCUGGCCUGGGGAGCCCGCUGGUGGACCUGGGCGCCCUGGGCACUCCGAGUGAACCUGGCACACCAGAGGGGAUGCGAAUGAACCCGGCCUUGAUGCCCUUUGACUUCUGGGACUGGAAGACGGACAUUACGGACGCGCCCGAGUUCGUGCCCGCCGUGGGGCUGCCAUUCCAGGCGGCGCCAGGCGCCUCCGCCGACGCGGGCCCGGCCGGCGCGGCCGCGGGAGGCGUGCAGAUGCGCCCCCUCAGCCCGGGCGAGUGUCACGGCACCCUCAUCGGCCCGAGCAUCUGGACGAUGGUGACCCCAGGCCCCUGGGGCGCCUUGGCCGUGCCCGUGGGCGGCCACGCUGGCAGCGGCUCCGUGGGCGUCCCAGCCGGUGCGGCGCGCAGCUGCCAGGAGGACGAGGAGGUGCAGCAGCUGCGGGCGCACUACGAGUGGCAGGUGCGGCGGCAGGACGAGGAGCUCGAGGCGCUGCAGGGGCGCCUGGCCGCCUUGGAGCGGAGCCGGGCUGGCGUCAAGGAGAGCGAUGGGAACGGGAACGCGAAGGCCUCGUCAGGGAGAUCGCGCGCUACAGGUCCGCGCUGGUGCGCAACUCCGUCCCGGUCGAAGAGUUCCGCGACGGCGUGGCGGGCGGCGUGCUCGCGUCCAUCCCGGCCGCCGAGCGCCCGCCCGUUGCGCGCGGCGCCCCGGCGCCCCGGGGAGGCGACCCUUGGGACCACGCGGCUGCGCAGGCGGCCCCCCAUGGGCGCGCUGCGCCCGCCCGCCGCGAACAGCACUGCGGGCAGGAGGGCCGCCGCCGAGGCGGCUUUCGAGCGGCCAGCUUGGGCCGGCACGCCUGUAGCCGUCGAGGGCUGGCCAACGGAGCAGACGCUCAGCUUGAGAGCGGCGGAGCCGGCGCGGGUCGCGGGCGGGCAGCUGCCAGGGGACGAGUGGCCGAAGACGGCCACGCGGGAGCUCGAGGUCGAGGGGUGCCAGGCGUGCGAGCGGCCCCAACUUGGCGCGCAGGGGGUCCGCGAGGACCUCUCUGAGCACGCCCUGCAGGAAAAUGAGGCCCACCAUUCGUCGAUGGAAGCUCUGGCUGCUGCACUGUGGGGCGCGUGCCCAACAAUCGCGUUCAAAUUGAAAGUGCAGUGCCUGGCAGCCACGGUGAGCAGAUGGGCCAUGCGAUUUGGAAGAUACAAUUCUGAAGCCUACUUGGCCCUGAAAGCCCUGGGGCCCAUGGUGGGCACGUUGCCCACGCAGAGGGGCCUCGUGUGCAAUACCUUUGUGGAGCCAUUGGGAGCUUGUGGCAAGGGACUCUGUGCUCAGCGGAGCCACGCAGGACAGGCCGUGAACUGGCGCUGUGGGCCUCGGAAGUGGCUGGUCCUCUGGGGGCGGAUACUGCGCGCGAACAUCGGAGCGCACGAGCUCUAG